AAAUCUACAUAUCUUGAAGUUGCUUAUCUAUUAAUUUAUGGAGAACUUCCUACUAAACAACAAUUUACAAAUUUUAAUCAUGAAGUUAUGUAUCACACAUUUGUUCACUUGAAUGUGACUGAAUUAAUGCGUAAAUUUAAUUAUAAUGCUCAUCCUAUGGGAAUGUUUGUUAGCGGAGUUGCUGCUAUGAGUACUUUUCAUCCUGAUGCUAAUCCAGCUUUAGCUGGGUCAGAUUUGUUCAUUCGUGAUGAAAAAGCUCGUAAUAAACAAAUACUUAGACUUUUGGGUAAAACACCAACUCUAGCAGCAAUGGCAUAUCGUCAUCGUAUUGGAAG